AUGAAAUUGUUUAGCUUCACUCAACUGGCACUAGCAGUCCUUGGCUAUAAUGACAUCCGAGCUCGGAUGAUGCAACGCUACAAUCCUGAUCCAUACGGUGAUUCGGAGCCGCUCUCCCGCCGAGCGCGUUCCAACACUCGCCGGAAUCAGGUCUCCCGCCGUCAGCAGGAGCAAGAGCUCUUGGACUCCAUGCAGGAGCUGAGGCUGCAGCCGGAGCUCACUCCACGCGAGCAGGAGAUCGCCGACUUGCUCGAAUUCCAGGAAUUCAUGCGCGACCUCGAUCUCUCCUUAUAA